AUGGCUCCGCCGGCUCCCCUCCACCCUCCCUCCCCCUCGGGAUCGACCGAACGAUUGGCCGAAGAGCUAGCUCCCACCAUUGACCAGCUGAAGAACCUCGGCGCGGGCGCCGCGAUUACUCUUCCCCAGGUUCUAUCCACUACCGAGCCUCUUCUCCGCCUCCGCCAUACCUUUAUUGAUGAUGCACGGCCUCGCACCGCCAAAGAUGCAUUCCGUUAUCUGCAGGGCUUUCAGACAUUGCUCUCGUUUGCAGACCGAAUUGCCGAGCUCUAUCACCCCGAGCUAUCCAAGGAAGACCGGAAGGGUCUGUUGAGCAUAUUUAAAGAUGUGCUGGGUGUUCUGGCAGAAGGCUUGAAGGAUCAUUUUGGCAACAAGCGAUACUUUGCCCGCAAGAUCGCCGGAGGAGGUAUUGCUGCACUGGAGCGGACUCUGACUUCGUUGGUCAAGAAGAUAGACACGAUUGAGAGCGACGCACAACAUCUUUACGGCGCAAUAUUUGCCGCAGCCCUAUGCCAGGAGACAGUGGCGGGGAUUUUCGUCACAGUCGGUACAAAAUUCGCGGAUGAUAAAGACUCCGCAUCAUCAAAAGACGUGCAAGAUGCCGUGGAUCGCUGCAUUGGCUCAGCCGAAACGGUGGAGGUACCAGAACUACUCGGCCCAUUUCUUCGGGUGUGGUUGAUGCACUCGUCUUUUUCAGCCGGGUAUACCGUCCUAAGGCUGGCCCUACCAGCUUGUCUGUGCCAGUUGGCUUCACAGUCUCGGAGGAACGUUGUAGCAUUACAUGCUACCGAGAUGCUCACCUCUAUCCUUCCACUCUUGUUUGAUGGCGUGCGCUCCGAGAGCGAGAAGACAAUUUACCAAACUCUCGCCCAAUCUCUCAGCGUGCAGGGUAUGAGUAGCUUGGAAGAUGCUGUUGCGCUGUAUCGUGGCGCACAUGAAAAUCCACAGGUGUUAAAGGUUCUGCUGUCUGCUCUCAAAUCUUCCAAGGAGCCUCCAUCAAUACAGUUCGAUAUGUCCAGACAUGGAUUCUGCUCGGUCGAGUUUGCAACCCUUGGCCGGCCAUUCCCUCCCAUCGUGUCCUCGGGUUAUACUUUGGCAGCCUGGGCUCGAUUUGACGAAUUUGAUCCCAAUACGCAUACUACUAUUUUUGGUGCAUUUGAUGCGAGCCAGACUUGUUUUAUUCUUGCAUACCUGGAAAGGGAUACGCGACACUUCAUCCUCCAAACUUCGAUUCGAGGUGCUCGGCCCAGUGUUCGAUUCAAGGCCGCUAAAUUCGAGCCAAAUCGUUGGUAUCACAUAUGUAUUGUUCACAAAAGACCGAGGCCCAUGUCUUCGUCUCGGGCAUCUUUGUUCAUAGAUGGCGAAUUCGUCGAACAGCUUAAGAUCGAAUACCCUUCAGUUCCUACUAGCCAUCACCCCAGCAAACCUCCUCGGAUCCAGGCAUUCUUUGGAACGCCCCAGGACCUGGCAAUGCGUCUUGGGAAAGGGGUUUCUACUUCUCGAUGGUCACUCGUCAAUGGAAUGCUCUUCGACGAGGCUUACAGUGAUGACAUGGUAGCCGUAUUCUACAACCUUGGGCCUCGAUAUUAUGGAAAUUUCCAAGAUUGUUUAGGCUCCUUCCAAACAUACAAGGCAUCUGCAACCCUCAAUCUACGGAACGAACACCUCCAUCCAGGCAAGGAAGAGGCCUCCGACAUUGUCACUGCCAUUCGGAGAAGAGCCAGCACUUUGGUCCGAGAGAGCUCUAUCCUGAUCAAUGUAUCGCCCGUUGCCGUUCUCGAUGAUGACGACAGUAACAACAUUGAUGAGUCGCAGUUGAUCAAAUGCCUUUCGCGACAAGCAGCCAAAAGCUUGCAGCAGUUGACGAAGGCAGGCGGGAAUGCUGUCGCGGUGAAUGGUGGCACCCCAGCAAUCAAUGACGGCCUCACUCAGCCCCAAGGAGUCGGCAUCUUGACAGGCGAUCCUGUCGUGGCUGUUCCCAGAGCAUUAGAUGACGCCAGUUGGUGCAUCGGCGGGUGUGCUGCGGUACAUUUGAGCUUGGUCAAGGCGGCAAGCACCGUUGAAAGCACCCGGAUGGCUGUCAGCGCUCUCUACGAAUCUGUGCAGGAUAAUUGGAGAAACAGUGAGGCAAUGGAAAGAGAAAACGGAUAUGGUAUUCUCGCGGCCCUGCUGAGGGAGAAGCUUGGUUUCCACAUUGGCAAUUCCGCUGCGCCGAGCAAAAUUCCUGCUGUCAGCUCCGAUCCCAAAGAGCUGUUUGCUCUGACCCUCGAUCUGCUGCGUUUGACUCUUGCAUUUGUUGGCUACGAUUUCGAACGUCCCAAUCGCUCCAUCAUCACCAAUCCGCUCGCCUACCGUGUUUUGCUAGUCGAUAUGGAUGUCUGGCGACUCAGUGAAUCACAGGUCCUCGAGUUGUACUACUCACAGUUCUGCACUUUCUCUUCUGAUAGCAAUUUCCGCCGUUUUAACGCCAGGCGGCUGGGCCGCAUGCGCGUGAACAAAAAGUUGUUGGAAACUUUGAAGAGUGGAGAAAUAACCAAAGAAUCUCUCCAACCUUGCCUGUCAGCAUUCCGGUCGUUGAUGGAGAGCAGUCCGUCUCCCGAUUUGUUGCGCUCUCUGGCACUAUCAAUUACAUAUGUCCUUCACAAACCAAAAGCCCCGACCAGCCUGCAGAAAAAGAAGAGUUUCCGAUACUUGUCGCCUUCGUCGCGACCCUCGUCGGCGAAAUCAGAAAGCAAAUACAUUUCCAGUGUCACCCUGGGCAUUGAGAUGUUGCGGCUGUACUGCUCAGUGUUGUGUAAUCCACAUGACUCUGUCCCCCUGCGGAAGUUUGCCAAAGCCGUGACCAGCAAGUGGCUUCUUUACCUCAUGUGCGAAGAUGAGCCGGAGAUUGCGCUGCUUGCGACAAAGAUACUAGCACGCUUAGUUGUCGUCCAUGGCAGUGGAUACAGCAAGAAAUUUGCAGAGAAGAGCGGUGGAUAUAUUCUCCUAGAGCAUCAUCUUAAGAGAUGGUGGAACAUCCCGGCUCUGUGGCCGAUCUGUUUCGGUAUUCUUUUUGGCGUGGAUCACGCCUCGCUCGAUCUCACCAAACCCUUGGAUUCGGCUGCAUUGAUUCACAUUUUCCUGGAGAAAGGCGAUGCGAAGGUUGUCUUCCCUGAUAUGCUGCCUGUCAUCACGAAUAUGUUGAAAAGCGGAGCACGCAACAUAAUCAUGUCGACCCAGACAGAUGGCGACAGCCAUCUUUCGCUUCAAGAACAAGCUUCCACCUGUGAAAAGCCUCGUAUGGACUCACUGAAGCUUUCCGAUGCUUCGGACCAACGCAUUCAUGGCUUUACGCUUCUCACUUCAAUCGUUCAAUUUCUCGCACAAAUACGUCGCAAGUCUCCGGUGUUCCAAGAGUUCACUGCACACUCUACUUACGUGCAAGAAAUCCUUGCCGUGCUUUAUCCCGUCGUCGUGGGUGCAGAUACCGUCAGCCCCAACACCGAAUUGAACUUCCGACACAGUGGGCUUAGCUUCGAUGACAGCAACUUGGUUCUGCGCCCGCGCUCGAGCACGACAGGAACUCCUGCGACAGGCAACCCUGCGGCUGUGCAAACAACAACGGUUGAUUGCCCGGAAGUUCUUCAUGAUAGCACUAGCUCUUUGCGCCGAGGGUCUUCCUUUAUCUUGAUUUCUUCCGAUAAAUCAAAGCCCCAACAGUCUUCUGCACGCAUCCGACGAUUCACGAAUCCCACAUUCACCGCAAGCAAAGCUGUCACGGAUCACCCUCUUGUCAAAGCUUUGUUGGAGCUAAUUCUUGAUAUCUUCCAAGAUCAGCUUUUGGAGCGCAAGGACUUCACAGGGCUUGGCCUCUACCUCAAGACGCCGCCUGGAUUCCUAGAACACCAAGCGUAUUUCAACUCUUGGGUGUUCGGCUACUUACUUUCAACGCUACAAGACCUGCCUCUUGUCCGACCAGGUCUCUUGCACGAGCCUCGUGUAUUGACCAAUCUGGGACGCCUCGCCAUACAUCUGACGGAGGCCGUCUAUGAGGGGUGGUUCAUAAAUGGAGGGCAGUCCACUAUGGAAUUCACAGGCACUCUGCUGGAGUAUCUUCAGCGCCCUGACAUCUCCCAGCUGAAAAGCAUUCGUCUGUGUGGACCGGCAGUAACGACUAUUCGCUCAACGCUGUAUAAGACGGUCCUACUCCAGCUAUCCGAGGCAGAUGACUCUGCAACAGUCCCCCUGCUUAAUCGGUUAAACUAUUGGCAAGUGGUUGUCCUUGCGGCAGCCGAAACUCAGUCAAAGCAUCUCCAUCUUCUUUGCUAUCUACUGUACACUAAGCUGAUCAGCACAGAUGGAGAAGUUCGCUCCGCUGCUGCCCGCUUAUGGAGAGUCAUUCUGGUGCAGGCGCCGGAUGAGAUAACAGCUCUUCUCGGGCACGGUUCCGUUACCCUCCAGCGUCGACUUGCAGACGGCUUUGACGCACUCUCAGGAAUGGAGGAUGAAGCUUUCUUGAUAUGGAUCGAUGAACAGCGUGAAGACCUUGAUGCUUUGUUCUUUGGUUCCUUUUCUCGCUCAUGGGAUAAUUUCGUUCACGAGGAAAAUGUCAGCUGCGAAGAAUCCGUCAAAUCUCGAGUCUCAAAGCGCAAAGAUAAACUCAAGCAAUGGGCUCAAAUUGAGAAAUUCGACGAAGACAUGACCCGAAAGCAUGACGCCACUCUACCCCAUUGGAUUUCAAACAUUGCAGCAUCCGAGUUCUUGAAGUCUCAGAGAUUCCUACAAGAUCUGCAUGAUAGCUCAACUUUCAUGUGGUCGGCCUUCUCGGACCUGUUACUUGACUUGCGACGACCGGGUGGCCUUUUGUCUGAAGACAAAGAGAGGAGAUGGUGGCUCGACCAAACCGAGGGUCGUAGUCGCAUGCGAUUGCGUCUUGUUCCGGAUGAAUCUGGAGACCGACAAGACUACCAACCUAAGCGCAAAGCAUCGGAACCUCCUGCAAUAAAAUUGGAUACCCGAGUACGUGCGCUUUCGGAGGGUGAGGGCUUAUCAACUCCCCAUCCUCUCAAUUCGGAAUCCGAGAAUGUGGAGGGUGUUUCGCCGAAUGGUGACACCGACAAUCGCAGUCUCAUAGAGGAUAACUUUGAGUUGAUCGAUGAUCCCAAGAUCGAGCUGGAAGAUUAUGAAGACAGGAAUCGCAAGGUGAUGCGAUCUCUCCAGCGUGGCGAUCAAGUACAAAGCGUCUGCAAUUUGUCUCGAAUCAUUGGCUUAGAGGCAGUAGAAGGCAUUUUGAUCCUCGGCAAAGACUGCAUCUACAUACUUGACAAUUUCUUCCAGAGAGCAGAUGGUGAAAUUGUGAAUGUCUGGCAAGCCCCCAACGAGGAGCGAGAUCCCUACGUGCGCAUGAUCGCAGGUCGGGAGUCCAACGAUCGACGCUCGCAAGAACACGAGACUAGAAGCUGGAAAUGGUCCGAUCUGGUCAGCGUCUCUAAGCGCCGCUUUUUGUUCCGCGAUGUUGCGCUGGAAAUAUUCUUCACGGAUGGCACGAGCUACUUGUUGACUUUGAUGUCAACUCGAGCAAGAGACGAUUUGUGCAACCAGCUGGGUGUCAGGGCACCGCAGGUCACUGGAAGUACUGGACACUCGCGCCCAGAGGAUAUCUGGCGGUUUGAAACUCUUCGCAGCCAGGAUGAUGCGCCGCAGUCCCUGGGUUCUAAAUUUGCUAGUGUCUUUGGUCAUUUGCCCUCAAACCCAGCAACGCGGAAAUGGGUCAAGGGUGAAAUUUCGAACUUCCACUAUCUCAUGCUGAUCAACACCUUUGCUGGACGCACAUUCAAUGACUUGACUCAAUACCCGGUGUUCCCAUGGGUUCUGGCAGACUACACUAGUGAAGAGCUCGACCUCACCAACCCAGCUACGUUCCGAGACUUGUCGAAACCCAUGGGAUGUCAGACCCUGGAGCGAGAAGCGGGAUUCCGGGAGCGUUACAAUGCUUUCGCCGAGAUGGGCGAUGAUAAUUCGCCGCCUUUCCACUACGGAACUCACUACUCCUCUGCCAUGAUUGUAUGCUCUUAUCUGAUCCGCCUGCAACCGUUUGUCAAGUCCUACCUCCUUCUCCAAGGCGGAUCCUUUGACCAUGCCGAUCGUCUCUUCUAUUCCAUCCGCAAGGCAUGGGAAUCGGCGUCCAAGGGAAGCAUGACGGACGUUCGAGAGUUGAUCCCUGAGUUCUUCUACCUCCCAGAGUUCUUAACGAACUCCAACAAGUACGACUUUGGUCUUCUUCAAAAUAUGACCACGGCCAUCGACUCGGUUGAGCUACCUCCGUGGGCCAAAGGAGACCCCAAGAUCUUCAUCGCCAAGCACCGCGAGGCACUCGAGAGCCCUUACGUAUCUGAGAACCUGCACCACUGGAUCGAUCUGGUUUUCGGUAGCAAACAAAAGGGUGAUGCAGCGGUUGAGUCUGUCAACGUUUUCCACCAUUUGUCUUACAAGGGCGCUAAAGACUUGGACGCUAUCGAUGACCCAAUGGAACGGUUGGCCACCAUUGGUAUCAUUCACAACUUCGGACAAACUCCUCAUCAGAUAUUCCAACGGACUCACGCCCCUAGGGAAGAUCAAAAGCAUCGCGUGCCCCGGCUUGACACCCUCGCUGAAUCACUGACACAAAUGCCCUUGUCUCUACUAAAUAUUGAGGAGCGUGUGGCUACACUGUCCAUGAAACAAGAUCGUCUGUUGUGCACUGCAGCCCUCAGGCUCAAUGUCCCACCCACCUAUGAAUACUACAUGGAAUGGGGAUUCUUCGAUGGCAGUGUUCGCUUUUACACUGCCGAUACUCGCAAGCUUUUGGGUCACUUUGAACACCUUCACGUUGGCCAGCUAUCUUCUGCCACCUUUGCGGACUCUCGCACCCUUGUUACCUGUGGCACUGACUGUACCAUCUCCCUGUGGACUGUGACUGCGACUACCAAGUCGGUUGAUUUGCAACCCAUCGGCUCUCUCUUUGGUCACCGGUCGCCCGUGUCGGUGCUUGCAGUGUCUCGUUCCUUCAGUGCCAUGUUAUCUGCCUCCAGCGACGGUCAGAUCAUGCUGUGGGAUCUCAACCGACGUUCCUUCGUGCGGGCUCUUCCCGCUGAAGGUGCGGUGGAUUGUGCUCGCAUUAACGACAUCUCUGGAGACAUCAUGGUCUGCCGGGGCAAUCGCUUGUCUCUCUACACUCUCAAUGGAGUUGUUCUCGUCGAUCAGCCGGUUUCCGAGUCCAGUGAUGAUCGUGUCUUGUCCUGUGUUUUCUACGAAGGAGUCCAGAACGAAUGGCUCGAACGCGAACUGGUCUUAACUGGUCACACUCGUGGUGUCGUCAAUGUGUGGAGCAAGAAUAUUCGGGGCGGUCGAUUCGAGCUGGAAUUGAUCCGACAGUUACAUCAUACGGACAGUAAUCGUGACACCGGCGCUAACAUUAGUGCGGGCAUUAGCUGUAUGCUGGCCCUUCCCCACGUGGUUUAUACGGGGGAUGAGGCGGGCCGAGUGUAUGAGUGGAACUGCAUCCAACGUCGAUGA